UCUCGCGCGUCCCCAAAUCACGAAAGCAAACCCAUCACCAUCGUCUCCGCUUCGCCAAAACCCCAAACCCCAGUGCGAUCGAAUGCCGAGAAGAAGAUCUAGGGCAUCGGUGAGGACGAGACGAGGAGGACAAGCCUGAGAGGAAUCGAUCAGGAGAGAGAUCAAUGGGGGCUCCCAAGCAGAAGUGGACAUCGGAGGAGGAGGAUGCGUUGCGCGCCGGUGUGGACAAACACGGCCCCGGGAAGUGGCGCACCAUUCAGAAAGACCCAGAGUUCAGUCACCUCCUCGCCACCCGCUCCAACAUCGACCUCAAGGACAAAUGGAGGAAUAUAAGUGCUAGUGCCAGUGGUCAAGGUUCUAGAGAAAAGUCAAGGAUGCUAAAGCAUAAGGGUGCUUCUGCCAUUUCAUUUUCUUGCUCCCAGGGCCCUGCAAUCUCUGCCCCAGUUAAAGGACUGCCGACCAUCAUGGACCCCCCAUCAAAGGAUAUGCAAGAUGGAAAAGCUAUUCCUCGGUACACUCAGUUAAUAAUGGAAGCGCUGAAAAUUAUGCCUGAGCCAGAAGGAAUAGAUACUGGUGCAAUCUAUCGCUACAUUGAGCAAAAGAUUCCAGUCCAACAGAACUUUAGAAGGUUGCUCAGUUCAAAGUUGAGACGACUCGCAGCACAAAAUAAAAUUGCUAAGGGACUGAAAGGGUACAUGCUCAAGGAGUCCUUUGCAACAAAAACCCCUACACCAAGGCAGAAAGAUCUGACUCAUCAUCGACCAAAGAUGCCCCAUAUUUCUGGUUUUUGCAGGACUACAAAUGCAAUAGAAGAAGCAUCAAUAACAGCCGCCUACAAAAUCGCUGAUGCAGAGGCCAAAGCAUAUCUCGCAUCCGAGGCAAUCAAAGAAGCAGAGAAGGUUUCAAGAAUGGCCGAAGAAACAGACUCGCUGUUGCAAAUUGCGAAAGAGAUAUAUGAGAGAUGUGGGAGGGGUGAAAUUGUUACCAUGGCUUAGAGGUGCCAAAUGCUGAAGCUUUCAUGAGGUAUUGGAGUUCAGUGUUGAUAACCAAUGUAAAAUGCUUUUUAUCCCCCAAUUUUCUUUUGUCUUUUAGCUGUUCAAUGGGUAGGAAACAGGCUUGCUCGUGAACCUGAAUGUAUGAUAUGGUUUCUGGUGUAUAAAAAUGCUUUUAGUGAUC